AUGUUGGCUACCGAGUCCGUGCGUCCAGCGUACCGGCCCGCUGGUGGCUCGUCUUCGUCCUCUAGAGGGGCAUCAGGGGCACAUGGGAGCAACUGGGACGAACAGAUAGUACCUACACUUAGAAAUCGGCUCGAAUCAGAGUCGGCAUACCUAACCAAGAGGCUGUCUUCCACGCACUUUGACGACGCAGCUGCUGCUGGUAUCGGGAUGGGUAACGUAAAUUACGAGUCCAGCUCGAAUCAUCACUACCAGCCACAGCCUCACCCCCAGUCGCGACCGAAACAAUACCCAUCGGCCUCUGGUGCCAUUCCACGCAGUAGCAGGCACCCACCAGCAUCUGCAGAGACCUACGCGCCUGCACCUCUUGGCUCUCAAGCCCAUCAGCGCGGUUCGCCGCAAGGUUCGCCCCAUGUACCAUCCCAACGAGCUGGAUCGCCCGCCACGACUUCUGCAUCUCGUAUACCUACUCGACCUCGCUCAAAGUCACAACUCUGCUCUAGACCAUCUCUGAAUCGAGGAGGCUCAUCGCCAGUGCCACGAAUGCCUUCGCCAUCUGGUAUACCUGUCGCUGCCAACAGCCGAAGCCGGUCGCCACAGCCGCGAGAUCCGCGCUAUGAGGGUGGUCUUUCACGAGGCUACUCUUCGAGACUGCCCGAUAUCGGCAGAGAGAGAAAGCCGUCUGGCCGGGGUUCUCCAAACUUUGAUGGGGGUCGAGUGACAGAGGGGUUCAUCAAGAAUGAACUGCCACCUUUCAAGAUGCAGGCUGAAGACGCUCUGCGUAUCGCACAGAGGGGGCAUGAGAUACCAGAGAUGGAGCAGUGGAAGGAGAGCUGGCAUAGUAGAGAAGCAGAGGAUGUGGAAGAGCCGCGUCAUGGGUUCUCGGAAGAUGGACAUGGUGGAUAUGCCGAGCCGAGGAAACGCGCAGUUACCAUGAAAGGUCAAGGGGGUUAUGGCGAUUCGAAUGGGAUUGGUAUAGGGCAGACAUCCAAUAGAGGACAGACUGGUACCCCAAAGUACCGUGUUGGAAGCUCGCGACCUGCCAACAUCUCUACCCCCAACAACCAAUUUGCCGGUCCUCGUUCUGCUUCCAUGAACAUUCACUCUGGAUCUUCUCCCCAUACACCAAACUCGGCACAGACUCUCCCAUCGUCCAAGUCUAGACUCGGCCUUGCUGCUCAUAUGAUACCACCCGAGAGCAGCUAUACACCGCCCAAGAAUGCCAACUGGGAUGAAGUAGUCUUGCCGACUGUCGCAAAGAAGAUGGGGAUGGGCGAUGAGAAGGGAAGUCCGAACCCGGGCGAAUUUGGUGAAGAAGAUUACGCUGUGGAGUGGGAUAGGGAUGGAAUGCCGAUCAGAUGGGCCAAGAGAAAGAUAGUCAGGAAACAGGCUUUGACUGAACAGGCCGAGAAUAUGAGUACCCCCAAUAAGCCAAUAUUUGUGCCCACUUUCGAAGCCUCGCCAGACAAUCCAUUCAGGCCCCCUUCGACCAACUUUGCCCAGCACUCUGACAGUAUCGAGCUCGGCGCGCUCCGUGGCUCUCAGCGGCAUGUCGAACAGCCAUCCCCUUCCAAGGCCGAGUUCCAGUCCCAGCCAGGUCCCACUCGUAAACAAUCGCUGCUUCGAAAAGUCAGUAGCCAGCACAUGUCGCAUUCAGCAUCUCAGAGAUCGCUACGCACGCAAAACCAAGCUGGUCGAAACGAUACGUUUGGCGGUCCUAGUCAAUGGGGUGCACCUCAGGCUCCGCCGCCCACGCCUGGUACAACGAAUCGCAUAACCGAUGCUAUAUACGAAAAGCAUCUGGGUAGUAUGGAGAGAUUCAACAAUGCGCAAGUUGAGAGGAAUAACAAGGUUGGUGGUGAUGGUUCAGGAGCGCCACCAGUAUCCAGCAAGGACGAUGGGAAGCAUGGGAAGGGCUGUGGAUGUGUUGUAAUGUAG